AGUACUCGCAUGCAUGAUGCAGAGCAUCUCUUCAGUUUACCUGUCGUGUUUCUUAUACUUUGCCAAGAUAUUUUGCACUGCACAUUUAUGUUUAUCAGUUUACAAGGCGGACCACAUUUUUGCUGGUUUUGACUAUUGAAUAUAGGAGUGCAAAUUAGUGCUGCGUGGAAUUCUAACCCCAAGAAAGACCAGAUUGAGAAUGCAAAAUUAAAAGUUCUCAUCAGGAGACAAGAGAGAUGGCUGUGGACGAACUCAGUGACAUUGUCCAAAGAUGUCAAAGAAUUGAAAAUGAUUCCUACUCCUCUGAAGACUACGACAGUUUCCAGUCUGCUGUUAAACAGUGCAUAGAAGAGGGUCACAGUGCACAUGUUUUGAGCAUAAUCAUUGAUGAGGAAAAUAAGGGCAUAGUGAAAUGCAUGGGCUGGAAUCUUGUGGGCCUCCUGGUUGAAGAGGUGUUGAAGAAGGAUGAAAGGAGCCUAUCGCAUAGCCAUGCUAUCCUCACACAUUUACUGAAGACUUGCAGUCCCAAAGAGCUGUUGGUGAGUUUGCUGGAGCAGGUGGAGGCUGCCAGCCAUGAUGUCAUUACAGAAACUCUGAUGCUUCUGCUCAGGCCACUACAAAAAGUGCUGUUGAAGUUUGGCAGUAAGAAGGCCUCCUUCCUGGGCAUGGCGCUGUCCACUGUGAUGACCCAGGUGGCCCAGCUGCCCACCACAGAGGAAGAGGAGGAGGAGGAGGGUACGGAGAGCUUAGGCCAGUGCUGCGCUGAGCUGCUGUGGUUCGUCAAGCCCUUCGUGGAAGAGGUCAAAGCCAACAACAACAAUAGUGGUGGAGUGGGCCGUGAUGAGGAGCUGAAACUGGAACUACUUAAAUUCUGCAUGAAGAGUUUGAAAGAUCCUCUUCUUAUGGUAAAGCUCACCCAGCCGGACCCUCCAGAGGCCGCCUCUUCUUUAUGGGAGUUUGCCUCAGAGAUCUUGGCCAUUCUUUCAGAUAUUGGGGAGUCUCUUCCGGACCUCCUGUGCCAUACGUAUCUGAAGAAGCAUGCGGCCCCUGGCUUCCUGGAGGAGGAGGUGCGCUACCCUAAGGAGUCCCUGGCCAACUUGGCCUACCUGCUGUUCGUACACCAUAUCGCCAUAGAUACGCUGCCCGCAGUUCUGAGCCCGGUAUUCAUUCUGCAGUGCAACAUGGAAUAUAUUGAAUUGCUGCUAAGCAGAACCGAAGAAAUGUAUAUCCAGAAGGGUCUGGACCUGUAUGAAAAAAGUCUGGUCAGAGUGGAGGACUGCAGUUUGCCAGCAGAACUACUUGAGCUGAAAACAUUUGUCAGUGUUCCACAGAAUUUGGUUAAAGUUAUGACUAUGUGUCCUGUUCAUCAUUUGAGGACUAAAGGACUAGCUGUGUUCCAGUUGAGCAUCGUCAAGUUUAACCUUCAGGCCAAAUACAAGUUUUUGAGGUGCAUGUUUAGGACAAGUCACCACUCUGGAGUAGAAGGAGUAAUCAUCAAGAACAUCAGAAAUAUGGUGGAUUUCUCCUUGAGGCCUGGAAACGGCAAUGUUUGGUUCCAAGGGGUCAAUCUGAUGCCUCUGCUGCGUCUGGUGCUGAGCCUGCCACAGGGGGCUGAAACGGACCUGCUGCAAAACCUGGACAGGAUAAUGGAAGCCCUCAACCUUCUGCGGUACCUGUUAAUAAGAGACAAAGAGUGCCACAAUGAGACAGGGAUAUGGACAGAAGUACACACAAUCCACGAUGACUUCAUCAAGCCGCUACGCAUGGGCCUCAACAUGUCCAAGGCUCACUAUGAAGCAGAGCUGAAAACCCUCGGUACAAACAAAGAACACCGCCCCCAACUUCCCUGCACGGUAACUGUGGGAAAUGAUAAUCUACCAAACCUCACACCCCAAAUGCAGCUGGAGGCCUUCUACUCUGCCCUGUCCACAUUUGACUUGAUUGAGAGCGUCUUGGGGAGAGUGGAGGAAGUGAUGGAGGCCAAGUCUCAAACUGUGUGAAUGUCUUUUCUCUGUCCACCAUUAUGGUCAAACACCUUGUUUCCUGUUGAUUCUAGAAGUCAAGUUACUCACCAAUCUAUUCAAAUGAUGUUU